AAUGAACUAUACAACUGCCGAAGUGGAAAUGGCAAAAAACUUUGUCGGAUUAGGACUUGGUUUUGGUUUUGUUUUAAUAUUACCUUUUGGAAUUUCCACCAUAUUUGGUUUAAGUUUAGUGAUGUUCGCGAAAAACUCUUGUUGGGUGAGAAAAUUUUGCGUUUUUGUAUUUCAUGUAGUCCUCGGGUUUGUAAUUAAUGUUUUAAGUUUGGCAGCUGCAUUAUGUCUUAGUUAUGCAAUUCGAGGGUUAAAAACUAUAAAUAAGGAACGGAUUAGAUUCGAAAAUUUUACGAAUGCAACAUCACCAGAUAAAUUAAACGAAAUCAUUGCCUUCUUGAUAUCUUCUUGUGUUUUAUAUUUUAUAGCUUACAUAUGCUAUGUCAUAUCAACAUUAUUAGUAUGCUUUGUUUGUCGAGAAGUGGAAAAAUUAUUGGGUUCAUUGUCAAUUAAAUUUCCAAUGAGGCCAACCAUUAUUGAAGUGACUGGAAAAGGACCAAUAGCUCCUGAGGAUUUAGUCAAUGAUUCUGAAUCCGCAAAACCCAUUCAACCGUCAGAGGCAGUCUCUACUACUAGAGGGAAUAAAUAA